AAAUCUAAUGAAUUUUUCCUCUUUAGUGACGACGGCACAAAGAAGUUCAAGAAGUUCGAUCAAAAGGCUUAGUGAAUCUAUCAGAGUAUUGGGUCUGAUAGCAUCUUCUUCCAAGAAAAAUGGUGCUAAGAAUCGGCAAACGCAUCUUCGACUCAUUGAGGAUAUCUUGCAAGCAGAUUCAUUUCAAUUUAUCCAACAGAAGAAUAGAAGUAGUGAUCUCAUUCGUUCGAGGUUUGAGAAUGAUCCGAUUGCGAUGCUAUUUUGCCUUCAAAGGGAACAGGUAAGAGCUGAUCCCAUCGUGAUUUCUCAUGCUCUAGCUUCUUGUUGGAAUGGAAAUGCUGUUUAUAUUGGAUUUCAGAUUCACUGCUUGUCUAUUCGACAUGGACUUUUGGGAAAUGUGUAUGUCGGAAGUGCUUUGAUUACUUUGUAUUGUAAAUAUGGGGAUUUGUUUAAUGCUUACAAGGUGUUUGAUGAAAUGCCUGUGAGAAAUGUUGUGUCAUGGACAGCUAUUAUCACUGGUUUUGCACAGGAUGGUCAAGUUGAUGUCUGUUGGGAUAUCUAUCGUCAAAUGAGAAAGAAUUCAAUGGAGAAACCGAAUGAUUUUACCCUGACGAGUCUUCUGAAUGUAUGCACCAACAGUGGGAUUCUCGGACAGGGAAAGAUUGCUCAUUGCCAAGCAAUCUUAAUGGGUUUUGAUUCAUAUAUUCACAUUUCUAAUGCUCUAAUAUCAAUGUAUUCCAAAUGUGGAGAUUUCAAAGAGGCAAUACAAGUGUUUGACAAAAUGCUUAUGAAAGAUCUCGUCUCUUGGAACUCCAUGAUCGCGGGCUAUGCCCAACAUGGUCUCGCCUUGAAUGCGAUUAAACUGUUUGAAGAUAUGAAGAAGGAAAGAGUCAAACCGGACGCCAUCACCUUCCUAGGAAUCCUCUGUUCUUGUCGCCAUUCGGGUUUAGUGGAACAAGGCCAAUUGUUCUUCAAUUCAAUGGGUAAUUUUAGUUUGGACCCGGGAAUAGAUCAUUAUGCUUGCAUUGUGGAUCUCUUAGGACGGGCAGGGAAAGUUGAAGAGGCUUUAGAUUUCAUUAAGAAAAUGUCGAUAGAACCGAAUGCUGUUGUUUGGGGUUCGCUGCUUUCAUCGAGCAGGCUCCAUGGAAAUGUUUGGAUUGGAAUUGAGGCUGCUGAGAGCAGGCUGAUAUUAGAACCAGAUUGUGCGGCUACGCAUCUGCAGUUGGUUAAUCUUUACGCGGGGGUUGGUUAUUGGGAUCAGGCAGCUAGAGUUCGAAAAUUGAUGAAACACAAAGGUCUGAAAACCGAUCCUGGUUAUAGCUCGGUCGAGAUUAAUAACAAUGUUUAUCGAUAUGGCACGAGCUCGGCUGACGGGGAGAUUUAUGAAUUGCUCAAUGGGUUGAUUGACAACAUGAGAGAACCUAACCAAGAACAAGUGAUGGUAAUGAAUGAAACUGACGGCCAUUUUUGACAUAUUUUUUUCAAA